AGUGCGUCAUAGACUAGAUAAUUUUGUGCUGAUCUUUUUCAAGAUGUUUCUCUCUGAUGUAAACUAUAACGACGUUCCUGUAGUAAAGUUGGAUGUGACUGCCAGAAAUUCUGAGAUUGGCAGUGACCAUGAUGAAUACACGAAAGAUAGUCUCGAAGCAGAAAUCAGUAAAUUGGAAACAACCAUCAAUGACCUAGAAGCAAAUGAUGAUUUGCCAAACAUAGAUAGCUGUGCAUAUGAUUUAGAAGAAGGUGAAUUAUUAGAUUCUGAGAUAUAUGAAGGAGAAUUAGCAGAUUCUGAUAUAUUUAAAAUAAAUGAAGUCAUAGAAAAUGAUGUUUCAGAUAGUGAUACAUUUAGCAACUGUGAUGAUAAUAUUGAUGGCAGAAUGUCACAAAAUAUAGAAUGUAAUAAAGGAGACAAAUAUACAUUUUCGUGUGAAUUAAAUGAAUCUGAUGGCACUUCUAACGCUGUAAGUCAUGGGAAAAGGAGAAAAUCAGAUUUUUCAAAACCUAAAACAUUUCAAGCUGAAACAACUACUUAUGAGGAAUGUACAGCGCAACACAAAGAGAAUGGUGGUAGACACACAAAAGGUGGCACCUUCCAACCUGAACUGAAAAUUCCAAAUGAAAAUGUGUGUAACCCAAUGAAAUCUGUGUUAUUUUCAAAAAAGUAUGAGGAAUUGUCCCUUAGAUCACAAGACUGUGAGCUUACUGCAAAUGAUGUUAAAGUACAUUUAAACUCAAUUAAAACAAGUGAUAUAACAUCGUCAUAUACAACAUACUGUGACACAAAUGCUGAGGGGAAUAAAAUAUGCCCUGUUGGAACACACAAAGACAGUGCCAUUGUUAUAAAAAGUUCAUCACUUAUGGACGUGGAUGCUGCGAUUCAUGGAUCUAGUCAGGAAUUAAACUUGCAGUUAGAUGUUUCACAAAUUGAGGAUGAAUUUUUGUAUCCUGAUGAUGGUAAUGAUGAUGUUACCUGUACUUUUUCUGAGACUGAAGAUUAUGAACCUCUGGUUUCAAGUACGCCAUUCAAGAUCAAAGUUGAGUCUCUGAAACGGUGGAAACCAACAUUCUCAUCCGUUCAAGAAAGUUUUUUAAUUUUAGAUGAAUAUGGAGAAUCAAGUGACCAGGAACAGUCUGUGUGUACCUACAUCAAUUCAUUAGUUCCGAACGUUUCUGCAACGCAAAGCACUCACUUAACACAUAAGAGCUUUUCUAAGGUAAGCAAAGAUAACGAUGUAACUGACAUAUGGAAGGAAGACUGUAAUGAUAUUGAACAAACACAAGCUGCAUCUGGGGAAGGUAUAGGUCUGAAAGUUGUUGAAAAGUUGAGCAAUGAAACAGGUAAUGGUGGCUCACAGUCAUCACCAUCAUCAUCUUGUACACAGUUAUCACCAGUCUUGACAAAUGCAACACCUGUUCAAGGUCAUUAUGGUCAAGACAACACUGAUAACAUUAAAAAUUCAUUGGAAGAAAAACCAAACAUAAUCUCAAAAUGUGAUGAAGAUUAUAUAAGUAACAAUCCUCAAGAAAAUGAAGACAAUAACAAUCCAGAGUGGGAACUAUUGCGUAAGUUACAAACUGAUGAGGAACGGUAUCGUGCAGUGAGACAGCGCUGGAGAAACCUUAUUAUUCCAGAUCCAAAUCAAGAUUUGACUUACCACAAUUGGAAGAUUUGUAAGAAUGCUAGGAAGUAUCCAACAUCUGCUUCUUCAGUAAAUAAUGAUGCUGCGGUUGAACGAAUAAGUGGAGGUGGAAGUGAUGUGCCUUCUAGUGUGCGAGAUCAACAUAAGAGAACUGUAUCUGAUGGACAAGCAAGCUGCCACUAUCAACCCAGAGUGAAACGUCGCCGAACUCAGUCUUGCACAGCUGUUUUUGAUGUAAAAUUGGAACAGCUUCGACAGAACACUGAGUAUGAGAGGCAGCAGAUUUGUGAUCAUGAACAGCUUGCUCUUUUGCAACUAAGCAUGAAACAAAUUGAGGAGAGGAAUUACUUGCAAAAUUUCUGUUAUACUGGAAUUAACAAAGAAAUGCAUCAGUUGUUUUUCAAACAGGCAGGGGAUGUCGAACGGGUCCACAAGAUAUUUGAUGAUGCUCGUCUCGCUGUCGAUAGGGCAAACAUAAACCAAGUUCAAAUUUUGGAGAAGGCACGUAAAGAAGUAAAAGCAUUUCACAAGUUCUACCAAGGAUUGGAUCAUGACUCUCAUGCAGAAGAUGCUUUGUUCCUCUCAGAAUCACAGUUGGAAGAACUGUGGGAAACAGAAAACCUCUAUGAACAGUACAGCAAGUUUUAUUCGGCUUAAAAAACAUGCGAUUUUUAUGCCAAGGUUAAUUCUCUCUUAUAUUUGCUCAGUCCUUAACAUAGAUGGCUGGCAUGUAUUAAUCAGAUAUUUUUGGAAUUGGUGGUCAUUUAACAAAUUUCCAUCAUAUAAAGCUUUUAUAUUCAUAAUACAAAUGGUUGAUACAAUAAACGUGACAAAAUUUAAUAUUUCAUUUCUUGAUGACUCCUUUACUGUGAAAUAGAAAUGCACCAUACAAAUACUCACCACAAUUUAUAUAAAACAAAAUGUUGAAUGUUCAUAUGUAAAAUUGUAUUUUGUAUAUUACAUACAGUAUAUAACAUAGUGUUAUUGUUUGUCAUUAAUAUCUAAUAAUGAAUGUGAUCACAUGCACUGCAAGAAAACAAAGCAACAGCAAAAGCAUUGCCAAUAUUCCACUACAGUGAGCCUGUUUAUUUCUCGGUUAACAUACAUGCCAGUUUGUAUUGGGGGUUUAGAGUAUUUCUUAAUUCAUGUUUCAAUCUGAUAAAUGAAACUCAUCAGCAUGCAAUAGUAACAGAUGGGUUACAUUCAGUUCUAUCUCUUCUUCAUACUCUUGAAAUUUUCUAGUAACAAACUCUGAAACAAAAUAAAAAAGAAAUAGCAAUACAGUAUCCCUCAUUUAUUUGCUUCUCAGUUUAUCUAACAAAGCUUUAUCAACUGCAUAUACUACAUAUACAGUAGUGAACUCCCAUCUCAGAUCAUUCUAACUGGGAAAUACAUCAGACACAUGUUUACAAAUGCUAGAAAAUUGCUCUAGUUUUUACUCAUGCUUCAAUUAACCUAAGUGGGUAUACUAUUUGAAACUUCUCUUGUCACUCGUUCAUUGGCAUUUUGAAGUUUUAUAAACAGCUUAUGUAUUGUACAAUUGUCCUCUCCUUUUCCUGUCUGCUAAAUACAGUAAUACCAAUCAGUUAUAGAAACACUGAGCUCGAAACUGUCCAUUGUCUCAGAUCCAACAUAGUGGUUCUGUAAUGAAUCAACAAGUGUCAGACCUUUAAACAAUCAAUGCUAAUCUGUACUCAUCAGUGAAAGCUCUGGCAUUCAGGAAUCAACAUUUGUCAUGUAAAAAAUAAAUUGCCAAUAUAAAUAUAA